CACCACACGAAUCAAAUUCAUGUCCUCCAAGCUCAACUGGAACAGAAUGGGGAUGUUAUAGCGAAUGCUGCUAGGGAUAGAAAAGCGGCAGUUGGUACAUUUUACUUGUAUCUUGUGUUCGUCGUUUGUUAUUUACCAAUCACGUGUCAUUGGGUUACAUCUCAAAUUAAUGGGCCAAAUGCAGCAUUAAAGCAGCUUAGACUUUAUGCUAACACAAUGGUGCUCCUUAAUUCCUCUCUCAACCCACUGAUCUACUCCUGGAAGUUAAGACAUGUUCGACAUGCUCUCAGGAGCGUAUUACCAUGUUAAAAGACCUUAGACAAA